AAAAGAAAGGGGAAGUCUGUCAGACACACUUGAGAGCUUAGAAACUUGCUACGCGAGGCUACAUUUUCUAAAUCAUGGGCAAACUGUCUGUCUUUUUGUUUGUUCUUUCCUUUUGCACCAUUGUCAACUCAGGUUCAGGAUCACAUUCUCUGUGGGCACUUGCAACAUAUAUCAACGGAGAGACGCCUUUCCCUGAGUUUACGGUUGUGGGGAUGUUGGAUGACAUUCAAGUGACUUACUAUGACUCCAACAUGAAACACUUCAUCUACAGGGGUCAUAACACCUCAGACAAAAUACAUGAUGACGAAGCUAAGAACGGAGAUUUUGUAUUUGGAGUUAUGUACCACCACGUGAAGGAGAGAUACUUUCACCUAAAGCACCAAUUGAAUCUCACGGAAGGUGUUCAAGUUCAGCAAAGAAUGGCUGGCUGUGAGAUGUUGGACAAUGGUGAACCAGCCCUGAUCAUGACAAAGAACAUUUUCAAUGCAGUUUUUGUAGAUCAUGCAAUAUAUUACAACAUGACACAUUUUACAUACGAUGCUGGUCAACUACUGCAAGGAUGGGAUGGGAUGAGACAAGCACAGGAAAAAAUUCUGUAUGAGAAUGUUUUACUUACCCUUUGCAUCAGAACACUGAAGACAAUCCUGAAGAGAGAGAAGAACGUUGUGAUGCGUAAAGUUCCUCCCAGACUCAGGUUGAUAAAGAAAGAGGUUUCUGGAGGGUUCCAGAUGAGCUGCCUGGCGUUUGGUUUCUAUCCCCGCCACAUCAACAUGACCCUGCUGAGAGACGGGCAGCCAGUGGCAGAACAGGAGCUGACAGGGGGGGAGGUUCUGCCUAGUGGAGAUGGGACCUACCAGCUGAGGAAGAGUCUGGAGGUCAGUACUGAGGAGCUACAGAAGAGACACAACUACACCUGUACUGCCUCUCACCUCAGUCUGGACAACAAGCUGGAUGUCAGUUGGGAGUCUGGGGCAGAGAGAGUUCACCUAUCCACCCUCUCAGUUCUACUGGUGAUGCUGCUGGUUGUUAUUCUAUUCAGCAUUUUCAUUUGUGUCAAAAGGAGGUGGAGAUGCACUGCCUCACAGUCUAAACUUGCCAACGUUGAUGCAACAGUGUCAGAGAAAACAAACCUUUCUUCAGAUUCUGAGACCUAAUACAUUGUUGGGACACUGAUGCAGCUUUGUCAAUUCAGCUCAAUUCACAAUGAAAAUAUGACUGCCAGAGCACAUUUGAGGGAAGACACAAAAUGCAUGAAUGAUUGUUAUGGUCAGUCAAUCUUCCCUUCCCCUCAAUAAAGGACUGUAAAGGAUCA